AUGUCGGCAGAGAAGCGUCCCGCUGACGAUGACCCGGGCAUGUCCCAGUCGCUCGUCAAGCGACAGAAUGUUAGCUCCUCGACUGGCGCACUCGCGCGCCUCAAUGCGUCGGGCAAUGCCCUGGUGCAGAGCGCUCCAAGAACGAGCGGGUUGCAGGCGCCUGUAAUGGAGCUCUCAGGACACUCGGGGGAGAUUUUUGCGGCCAAGUUUGACCCGACCGGCAACCUGAUCGCGUCAGGAUCGAUGGAUAGGUCCAUUAUGCUCUGGAGAACCUACGGCGACUGCGAAAACUAUGGUGUGUUGAGCGGACACCGAGGUGCGAUUCUCGACCUACAGUGGUCGCGCGACUCGGAGAUUUUGUACUCGGCAUCGGCCGACACGCACCUUGCAAGCUGGGACUUGACAUCGGGAACGCGGAUACGUCGAUACGUCGGACACGAGGAAAUAAUCAACUCGAUGGAUAUCAGCAGGCGAGGAGAGGACUUGCUUAUCAGCGGUAGCGACGAUUCGACGAUUGGCAUUUGGGAUCCCCGAUCAAAGAAUGCGGUUGACUAUAUCCAGACCGAAUUCCCCAUUACCGCUGUGGCGAUUUCGGAGGCGGGCAAUGAGAUUUACGCUGGUGGCAUCGACAACGAUAUUCGCGUGUGGGACCUGAGAAAGAAGUCGGUUGUCUACUCUAUGUUGGGACACUCGGACACAAUCAUGUCUCUGAAGGUCUCGCCGGACUCGCAGUCGCUUGUUUCUUACGCUAUGGAUGCCACCGUCAGGACAUGGGACAUCCGACCAUUUGCACCAACCGAGAGACACAUCCGAACCUUUGACGGCGCGACUAUGGGCCUGGAGAAAAACCUGAUGGGAGCUAGUUGGGACUCGGAGGGCAAGAAGAUUGCGGCAGCAUCAGGCGACGGCACGGUGAUGGUGUGGUCGAGCGAAACGGGCAAACUCAGCUACAAGCUUCCCGGGCACAAGGGUACGGUUAACUGCGCCGAGUUUGCUCCCGGCAAGGAGCCUAUUCUACUCUCCGCGUCUUCCGAUCGCACAAUGCUCUUGGGCGAGCUGAAAUGA